AUGCCGUACGUCCCCUCCCCGAGGAAAAGGAGAGCUUCCCAGGACGGCGGCCACGACACGAGUGGUGACGUCGUCCCGCCAGCACGGGCUGCCUCCGGUGAACAGCAGCCGGCGACAGCCACAGACGUCUUGACCAGUGUCGACAGACAGCUGUCGGCAUGCAGCAUCCCGCUGGCCGGGCGGUUGAACGAGGAGACCUGCGACCAAACGAGCUCCACGGCGGCUCUCGCCUCCGAACAGGCCCACAGCAGGAGCAGUCCGUGUGGACAGCAGUUCGACGGACACGCAGUCGGGUUUGGCGCCGACCCAGCGUUCCCCGGCAACAGCUUGUUCUCAGGCGACGAGGACAACGUGCCGCUGUCCUUGUCGUUCAUCAGAAAGCCGUCCAGGUCUUCGAGCAUGACCGUCGACGUCGACCGCAUAAUGAAGCAGAACACCCUGAUGAACUCCCGCUCCUUCGAGCUGCUACCGACAGAACCAGUGCGUGACGUCUUGGCGGAACACAGCAACAGCAUACCGAUUGCUCCCGGCGAUGAUACCCCGUUUCCGAACGACGAGAAUCCGGUCUCCCCCGGCUCCCCGCUCUCCCCGCUCUGCUCCCAGACAAACAUCGACACAGAGACCUUCAACACCAACUACAACAACAACUACUCGUACCCGCUAAUAAGAAAGAAGUCAGGCGAGCUUGUCAAGUCGUCCUUGAAGCUCAACAACGCAUUCCAGGCCUCGGGCGCAGUGUCCCUGCCUUCAACCCCAACCUACAAGCAGGUUCACUUCGGAAACAGCAUAGCCAUCAGGUAUUUCGACCAGAAAGAUAAACCGAACUCAAUUAGCGCUGACAACUCUCCGUACAAUUCGGAUCUAGACGAUGGCAUGUCCGAUAACGAACUACAAACUGGUGUGUAUAGUGACGACGAAGACGAUGAUGAUGAUAAUGAUACCAACAACGAAGGUACCGAUAGCGUAGAUUACUACGGUUUCUCGCAGGACGAUGGCAAUGAUGAUGGCAAUGAUUUCAAAAUGACCAGAUGCUUCUGUGAGAAACUUUAUAGGGUUUCCAAAAAGCUGGUGGAAUCAGACACCCCUGUGAAUACUGAAAAAUUCAAAAACGUUAUGAAAAACUGGAAUCUGGAUACUUCUCAAUUCAAAGCCCUUUCCUACAGGGACCAAAUUGAUUGCGAGGUUCCAGUAUUCUUGGAAAGGUGUUUCCUAAACUUGGACAAAACUUUGAUAGUCGGACAGAUUGCAGUGAAAAAUAUCAGCUUCACCAAGAUUGUCAAAAUCAGAUACUCCUUUGAUAAUUGGUUCACAAUAGUCAAUGUAGACGCAAAAUAUACCUCGGAUAUCCCAAGGGUGCUGAAACGGGCUGGUUACGAUCGGUUUCUUUUUCAACUCUCAACUCCUGUACUAUUAUCAAUGUAUUUCAAAACAAACCCAAACUUCCUAAACUUGGCUCCAAAUUUCGAAUUCUGUAUCAAAUAUACUUCAGGUGGUCAAGAUUUUUGGGAUAAUAAUCACUCAAGAAAUUACAGAUUGUCUUUCAACCACAACAAUUUCCUCAAAUUGAAUAAAGCCGCAUCUCCAACCCCAAAGAAGACAACUUCUUUCGAUGACAGCUACUUUUCUUUCACCCCUAAAAAUGUUAGACAAAGUACCGAUACAAAGGUUGCAGACUCUCAAGUUCCUUCGAUUCCUUCUCCUUCAGAUUAUAUACCCAAUCAAACCUUUUCAUCACCAACUUCAUCUUCAAAUCAACUGCAUCCUCCUCGGUCUUCUUCGAAUUCAAGCUUGAAUUCACAUACUAAUUCGACUUUGAGUCCACCAGCGACCUUGAAAAAGUCAAGAAGUUUUGACCGGAGAAACAGUAUUAAAAGUUUGAUCGGAUCUCCGGAAUUUCUAGUCAGAGAUAAGGACAAAUAUAAGAGCAAUGGUAGCACUAACUCUGAUAAUAGUGAACCUAACUCAAUUGACUUGAAUCGAGGAGGCCUCAAAAAUAAUUUCAAAAACAGUGGUAACCAGUUACCAUCUAGUAAUAGUCAGUUGAAAAAUGAAAAUGAAAAUAUUCUUGUAAAGCUGAAAGAACUGGAGCUCAAUCCAAAGGAGGCAGGGAAGACCUCUUUAGUUCUUCCAAUGACACUAAAUACGUCAAGCUCAUCGUCUAGGAUUAUUAAUGGUAAUAAUCCCACGUUGAAAGACAGCACCGAAUAUCCAUCACUUGAGAAAAGUGAAGAUUCAAAUAGUACGGUGGAUAACCAAGGCCUCAGAAAACCACCUGGAGGCGCUGAUACUGAAAAUGGAGGUAAUAGUGAAGGACUCAUCUCACAGCCUGGUUGGAAAGGUGUCGACUCGGAGACUUAUAAAGAUUUAUUAGAAAAAUAUUGUUUUUUCAAAGGGCCUAGCACAGUGUCAUCUUUCUUGGCAGAUGAACAGGAAAUGAAUGGUAACAAUUUGUACGAUGAUAAAUUUUAUUAA